GGAUGGAGUCAGCACUGGAGAAGGCCCUGGCUAACCCUGGCCUGGGGGUGCUGCUGCUGGAUGACUCAAACAGGAGCCUGGCGGAGGAUGUGGAGCAGCUGCGGCAGGAGGUGGCCAAGCUGGACCAGGAAUGGAAGGGGGAGCAGGAGUCACACAGGCACAACACUCAGCGCAUGGCAGAGAUGACUCAGAUGCUGCAGGACAUUCAGGCCUUGGUGGUGGCGCUGACCCGGGAUAUUGACACAGAGGGGGAGCAGGAGCGCACUGCCACCAGUGAGACAGAGGGAAUCCUGCGCCAGUGUAGAAAGCAGAACACAGAGCUGGCCAGCCUCCAGGAAGCCUCGGAGUCCCUUGAGGCUCGGGCAGCUCAGAGCCGGAGGGAGGCAGAUGAGCUGGAGAAGAAUCUGACGGAUGACUCUGGUCUGCUGAAGGAGCUGCUGGACCAUUUGUCUGAGGCAGAGAAAGACAACCUGCUGCUGCUUCAGUACUCUGCAGAGGAUGCUUCAAAGAUCAAGAGUCUGAGUGUGCACCUGGAGCAGGAGUGUGGGCAGGUGGCUCAGGCUGAGGCAGAACUGUCCACAGCACAGGGAGAGGUGCAGGUGGCUCAGGCCUGUCUGGACCAGCUGGGCAUCGCAUUCCUCCAGGCCGCUGCUCACCGGGACCACCUCCUGGCACAGUGGGAGGCAACCCUGGACCACAUCUUCCAUAAGGCCAAUGAAAACACUGCCUGCAUUGAGGACUCAUUGGCAGUGCAGCAGAAGAUUGCAACACUGAGGAGAGAGGUGGAGCAGGAAACACAGAUCCUACUGCAGGUGAAGGACUCCUGUCAAGAGGCUGUGGAGAACCUGCGGGUGGUGGAGGAGGAGGCACGGUGGGUGAGUGGCCAGAUACAAGUCACCACAGCCACCAGGGAGCAGAUUCAGGCCCAGGUGUGGGCAAUUGAGAAUGCACUGGACAAGAUCAACAAGGAGAUGGAGAGCUUGGACCAAAGGCUUGCAGAGCAGAGGACCUUGCUGGAAGAGAAAAGAGCCUUCCAUGCCUGCCUCAAGCACCGAUGUGGCAAGGCUGAGGACAAGCUCACCCUCAACACUGAGCUGGUCAUGUCAGCUGAGGAAACACUGCAUUCCUUGGAGACAAUAGUUAAGGAGGCAGAAGUUGUGGCAAGGGGGCUGGAGAAGCAGAAGGAGAGGGUGGCAGAGGCAGAACAGCACCACAGGCAGGCCUUGGCUAAGUGGCAGGAGCAGGAGGCAAGGCUGAAGGGGGAGACGAUGGCUCUGCUUUCCACCAAGACCCGACACCAGACUGCCAUCAAGGAACUCAAUGCCAGGAUAACCAAGCAGAGGGAAAUACUGCAUGAUCAGGAGGGCGAGAUACAGCGUCUCAGCUGGCAGAUUCACGACCUGACCCACGACAGCAACAACAACACAGCAGCAGAGGUGGAGCAGCAGAAACAGCUGGAGGUGUUACAGCAACACCUACAGGACACCACAACCACCAUCAGAGUCCUUACCAAACAGCUGGCCAGCCUUAAGACUGCUCGCUUCACAGAGCAGAUGAAUGUCUCGCAGCUGGAGAAACAAAAGCAGAAGAUAGAAGCAGAGUUAACCACUGUCAGGAUGAACAACCACAGUGCUGAAAGGGAACUGGCUCGGCUCACCACAGCGAGGGAGGAGGUGCGUGUGGACAUUGGCCUGGAGCAGCUCCACCUGCAGCGACGCAUGAGGCAGCUGCAGGCCGCCGCCACCCAGGCUGCCAAGCUGUGUGGCCAGAAGGAUAACGUGGAGCAGCUGGUGAAGGAGCAGAUCAGUGAAGUGAAGGCACGCGUUCAGGAGACAGAGCGAGGCAAGAGGGUGGUGGAGGCAGAGCUGCACCAACUGUCCUUUCAGGUGCACCAGGCUUCCUCUAGACUCCUCCAGCUUAGAGACAAAUACAACAAGAUCAAAUGCAGCCUAGACACAGCAGAGGGUGAAGAAAUUACCACCACCAGUGUCUUCCUGAAGGUGGAAGGAGAGCGGGCCGGGCUGCAGGAGGCUGGAGACUUGCUGGACCGGGAAGUGAGACAGGCAGAGGAGGAGGUGGAGGCCCUGCAACAGAUGGUUCAGCUCAUGACCAUCGAGGGACAGCAAUACCGCUCACAGCUCCACCUCAUCUUCCACCACAGCGAGGAGCAAAAGGAGAAGAUGGAGUUGGAGGAGCGCCUAUCAACCUUGCAAGAGGAGACAGUGGUGUGGGAGGCUGUGCUGGAAGAGGAGCAGGCAGCACUACAGGGGACACAAGAAAAGCUGAGGGAAGUGGAGCUGCAAGUGAAGGCAGUGGAGGAGUUACUGAGGGAGAAGAACACUCACUUACGCGCUGUGGAGCAGGAGACACAGAGCCUGCGAACCAAGAGUGUUCAUGCCACACAGGCCGCCAACACUCUGCUGCGGCGGGCCAGGCUAAAGACAACAGUGCUGAGUGACGUGGAGCUGAGGAUCGGCCAGGAGCGUCUCAGGAGCGUUCACUCUCUCCUUGGUGAGGCGGUGUCUUCUCAUCCUGAGGCAAACCAAGCCAUGGUCAUCUACUGCCAGCAAGCCAACAUUCCGCCCCCGGACAUACACACACUCAUGAAGAGGGAAUCAUACGGCUCAAGGUCCAGCUUGGGCACCCUUCAGUCCUUCCGAAGCAGCAGCACCAGGAGUGGCAGGAGCAGCAGUGGCGGCAGCAGCAGCAGCAGCCAGGCAGGGAGUGAGUCAGCCAGGUCCUCUCGACUCUCCCAACACUCACAGGACUCGGGUCGUUCUGGGUCACCAAUUGCACGGUCCAAGUCAGCCUCAAGGCCAUCCACUUACAAACAUUCCUCCAUGCCAAAGAUCACAGUCAUCAAUCCAGCUUUCCCAUCCAAGGAACAGAGAUGGCCACACCAUUACCAAGGCAGGAAGUUCUUCAAGAGGCCAAACAAACACACUUAGGUAGCAGAACUUACCACAACCAAGUUCCUUAAGCCCUUAGAUGGUAAGACUUACCACUACUAAGCCAAGUUCUUCAAGAGGCCAAACAAACACCCUUAUGAGAGCAAAGGACCUGUCAUUACCAAAGCAAGUUCCUUAAGAGAAUAGUGUUGGACUCUUUAUGAUGGCUGAUUUUUAAACAAACAGCUGUACAUUGCCAAACAAACUUCCAGGGACUGAAUUGUAUAUGAUAUAUUCUGGAAAUUGAAUGUCAUUUUAUGCAUAAAAAUAAAAAUAUCUUUCAAGGCUUCUCCUUUAACUGUAUCACCAUAAGAAACAAGUUAGUUUAAAAAUGAUACAAUUUCCAUUAAAAAUUUCAGGAAAACUUCAUAACAGCAAUAUGUAGUCUGAAAACAGAGGAACCAAUUAUGUAUGUGUGUGUGUGUGAGAUGAUACAAUUUCCAUUAAAAAUUUCAGAAAACUUCAUAACAGCAAUAUGCAGUCUGAAAA